AUGGAGUUGGGUUGUAGUGGCUCUCUAGGUUUAGUAUUCCUAGUGAUUCUGGGGUUAUGUCAUGGGCAAGCAGACUUCUGGAAAGCUGGCACAGAAGCCAUCCAGUAUCACUAUAACUGUGAAGAUGAUGGUUUCCAGUUGCUUGUGUACCGCAAUCAAGUCCAGGAGGUCCGCUUUAAAGUUGUGGAUGAAUUUGGGAAAGUCGUUGACGUUUCCAAUUGUCCCUUCUGUCGUCACUUGAUUAUAUCAGAUAAUAGGACAGUUACCUUCUCUGCUGGCUAUGGUAGUCGCUGCGGUAUAAUAAAGAAGGAUGGAAAACUUCACAUGAAAGUUCAUUUAGAGCAACUAACAAGGAAUGGAAGAGUAGCUGCUCAUGACAUCAACAUGAUCUGCCCGAAGCCACAGGAGCAUUUCACAACCCCAAUGUGGCCUCAGCCUGGUCUUGUGCACCCUAUCCAGCCAGGACAGAUUCCCCCAGGAGAGUCUCAACCCGGCCUAGUGCCCCCCAUCCAUCCAGGACAGAUUCGGCCAGGAGAGUCCCAGCCUGGCCUAAUGAGCCCCGUCCAGCCAGAACAGGUGCGCCCAGGAGAGUUUCUGCCCAGCCUAGUGCACCCCAUCCAGCCCGGACAAGUACGCCCAGGAGAAUCUCUGCCCGGUCUUGUGCGCCCCAUCCAGCCAGGACAGGUGCGACCAGGAGAAUCUCACACUGGCCGAGUGCACCCCAUCCAGCCAGAACAGGUGCGCCCAAGAGAAUCUCUGCCCGGCCUAGUGCGGCCCAUCCAGCCAGGACAGGUUUGCCCAGGAGAAUCUCUAUUCGGCCUAGUGUGCCCCAUCCAGCCAGAACAGGUGCGCCCAGGAGAAUCUCACACUGGCCUAUUGCGCCCCAUCCAGCCAGGUCAAAUUCGCCCAGGAGGAUCUCUGCCCGGUCUAGUGCGCCCCAUCCAGCCAGGACAGGUUCGCCCAGGAGAAUCUCUGCCCGGCCUAGUGCGGCCCAUCCAGCCAGGACAGGUUCACCCAGGAGAAUCUCUGCCCGGUCUUGUGCGCCCCAUCCAGCCAGGACAGGUGCGCCCAGGAGAAUCUCACACCGGCCUAGUACAGCCCAUCCAGCCAGGACAGGUUUGCCCAGGAGAAUCUCUGCCCGGCCUAGUGUGCCCCAUCCAGCCAGAACAGGUGCGCCCAGGAGAAUCUCUGCCCAGCCUAGUGCGCCCCAUCCAGCCAGGACCGGUGCGCCCAGGAGAAUCUCUGCCCGGUCUAGUGCGCCCCAUCCAUCCAGGACAGGUUCGCCCAGGAGAAUCUCUGCCCGGCCUAGUGCGCCCCAUCCAGCCAGAACAGGUGCGUCCAGGAGAAACUCUGCCCGGCCUAGUGCGCCCUAUCCAGCCAGAACAGGUGCGUCCAGGACAAUCUCUGCCCGGCCUUGUGCGCCCCAUCCAGCCAGGACAGGUGCGACCAGGAGAAUCUCACACUGGCCUAGUGCAGCCCAUCCAGCCAGGACAGGUUCACCCAGGAGAAUCUCUGCCCGGCCUAGUGCACCCCAUCCAGCCAGAACAGGUGCGACCAGGAGAAACUCUGCCCGGCCUUGUGCGCCCCAUCCAGCCAGGACAGGUGCGUCCAGGACAGUCUCUGCCCGGCUUAGUGCAGCCCAUGCAGCCAGAACAGGUGCGCCCAGGAGAAACUCUGCCCGGCCUAGUGCGCCCCAUCCAGCCAGGACAGGUGCGUCCAGGACAAUCUCUGCCUGGUCUUGUGCGCCCCAUUCAGCCAGGACAGGUUCGCCCAGUAGAGUCCGAGACCGGCCUAGUGCGCCCCAUCCAGCCAGAACAGGUGCGUCCAGGACAAUCUCUGCCUGGUCUAGUGCGCCCCAUCCUGCCAGAACAGGUGCGCCCAGGAGAAUCUCUGCCCGGCCUAGUGCGCCCCAUCCAGCCAGGACAGGUGCGUCCAGGACAAUCUCUGCCCGGCCUUGUGCACCCCAUCCAGCCAGGACAGGUGCGACCAGGAGAAUCUCACACUGGCCUAGUGCAGCCCAUCCAGCCAGAACAGGUGCGUCCAGGAGAAUCUCUGCCUGGUCUUGUGCGCCCCAUCCAGCCAGGACAGGUUCGCCCAGUAGAGUCCGAGACCGGCCUAGUGCGCCCCAUCCAGCCAGGACAGGUUCGCCCAGGAGAAUCUCUGCCCGGCCUAGUGCGCCCCAUCCAGCCAGGACAGGUGCGCCCAGGAGAAUCUCUACCUGGCCUAGUGCGCCCCAUCCAGCCAGGACAGGUGCGACCAGGAGAAUCUCACACGGGCCUAGUGCGCCCCAUCCAGCCAGGACAGGUGCGUCCAGGACAAUCUCUGCCUGGUCUUGUGCGCCCCAUCCAGCCAGGACAGGUUCGUCCAGGAGAAUCUCACACCGGCCUAGUGCGCCCCACCCAGCCAGAACAGGGGCGCCCAGAAGAAUCUCUGCCCGGCCUAGUGCGCCCCAUCCAGCCAGGACAAGUUCGCCCAGUAGAGUCUGAGACCGGCCUAGUGCGCCCCAUCCAGCCAGGACAGGUGCGACCAGGGGAAUCUCACACUGGCCUAGUGCGCCCCAUCCAGCCAGGACAGGUGCGUCCAGGACAAUCUCUGCCUGGUCUUGUGCGCCCCAUCCAGCCAGGACAGGUUCGCCCAGUAGAGUCCGAGACCGGCCUAGUGCGCCCCAUCCAGCCAGGACAGGUUCGCCCAGGAGAAUCUCUGCCCGGCCUAGUGCGCCCCAUCCAGCCAGGACAGGUGCGUCCAGGAGAAUCUCUGCUCGGCCUAGUGCGCCCCAUCCAGCCAGGACAGGUGCGACCAGGAGAAUCUCACACGGGCCUAGUGCGCCCCAUCCAGCCAGGACAGGUUCGUCCAGGAGAAUCUCACACCGGCCUAGUGCGCCCCAUCCAGCCAGGACAGGUUCGUCCAGGAGAAUCUCACACCGGCCUAGUGCGCCCCAUCCAGCCAGAACAGGUGCGCCCAGGAGAAUCUCACACCGGCCUUGUGCGCCCCAUCCAGCCAGGACAGGUGCGUCCAGGACAAUCUCUGCCCGGUCUUGUGCACCCCAUCCAGCCAGGACAGGUUCGCCCAGUAGAGUCCGAGACCGGCCUAGUGCGCCCCAUCCAGCCAGAACAGGUGCGUCCAGGAGAAUCUCACACCAGCCUAGUGCGCCCAGGAGAAUCUCACACGGGCCUAGUGCGCCCCAUCCAGCCAGGACAGGUUCGUCCAGGAGAAUCUCACACCGGCCUAGUGCGCCCCAUCCAGCCAGGACAGGUUCGUCCAGGAGAAUCUCACACCGGCCUAGUGCGCCCCAUCCAGCCAGAACAGGUGCGUCCAGGAGAAUCUCACACCGGCCUUGUGCGCCCCAUCCAGCCAGGACAGGUGCGUCCAGGAGAAUCUCUGCCCGGCCUAGUGCACCCCAUCCAGCCAGGACAGGUGCGACCAGGAGAAUCUCACACGGGCCUAGUGCGCCCCAUCCAGCCAGAACAGGUGCGCCCAGGAGAAUCUCACACCGGCCUUGUGCGCCCCAUCCAGCCAGGACAGGUGCGUCCAGGAGAAUCUCUGCCCGGCCUAGUGCACCCCAUCCAGCCAGAACAGGUGCGCCCAGGAGAAACUCUGCCCGGCCUAGUGCGCCCCAUCCAGCCAGGACAAGUUCGCCCAGUAGAGUCUGAGACCGGCCUAGUGCGCCCCAUCCAGCCAGGACAGGUUCGCCCAGGAGAAUCUCACACUGGCCUAGUGUGGCCCAUCCAGCCAGAACAGGUGCGCCCAGGAGAAACUCUGCCCGGCCUAGUGCGCCCCAUCCAUCCAGGACAGGUGCGUCCAGGACAAUCUCUGCCUGGUCUUGUGCGCCCCAUCCAGCCAGGACAGGUUCGCCCAGUAGAGUCCGAGACCGGCCUAGUGCGCCCCAUCCAGCCAGGACAGGUUCGCCCAGGAGAAUCUCACACUGGCCUAGUGUGGCCCAUCCAGCCAGAACAGGUGCGCCCAGGAGAAACUCUGCCCGGCCUAGUGCGCCCCAUCCAUCCAGGACAGGUGCGUCCAGGACAAUCUCUGCCCGGUCUUGUGCGCCCCAUCCAGCCAGGACAGGUUCGCCCAGUAGAGUCCGAGACCGGCCUAGUGCGCCCCAUCCAGCCAGAACAGGUGCGUCCAGGAGAAUCUCUGACCGGCCUAGUGCACCCCAUCCAGCCUGGGCAGGUGCGCCCAGGAGAAUCUCAAACCAGCCUAGUACGCCCUAUCCAGCCAGGACAGGUUCACCCAGGAGAGUCUCAGCCUGGCCUAGUGCGCCCCAUCCAGCCAGGACAGAUUCACCCCAGAGAGUCCCAGCCUGGCUUGGUGCGUCCAGGGCAGUUUCAGCCAGGCCUGGUGUAUCCAGGUGAAUCCCAACCUGGCCAACUUCUUCCACUUCAGCCAGACCAUGUUCGUCCAGGGGAGUCUUUUCCUGAGCAUGUGUAUUCAAUGGUCAUCCAGUCUCGUGUAGGUCGCCCUCUAACUCAGCAACAAUGCCAGGUUUCUUCUGGGAGAAUACCCUGUGCAGAUGUACAAGGACCAACAGCUUGUCAUCAAACAGGAUGCUGUUAUGAUGCUAGGGAUCAGGUGACUCCAUGCUACUAUGGCAACACAGUCACUGUUCAGUGCCUUCGAGAUGGCUACUUCAUUUUGGUAAUCUCCAGGGAUAUGUUGGAUUAUCCGAUCAUCCUGGAGAGUGUCAGACUCUCCUAUGCCCAAGCAAGUUGCAGUCCAGUCAGAAAAACAGAAUCUUUCCUGGUCUUCCGCUUUCCUCUCACACAGUGUGGCACAACUGUUCAGGUGACUGGUGGCAAAUUGAUAUACGAAAACCAGCUCGUUUCUGGCCUCGACAUCCUAAAAGGGCGAGAUGGCUCUAUUACACGAGAUAGUACCUUCAUGCUUCAUGCUCGUUGUAUCUACAAUGCUACUGAUUUCCUGCCACUUCAAGUUGAAGUGUUCUCACCUCCCAGUCCAGCUCCAAUUUUCCAAGUAGGACCUCUCCGGCUUGAGCUGCGCAUUGCCACAGAUUCAAGUUAUACCUCAUACUACUCAAAUUUACAAUAUCCUAUUGUGAAGAUCCUGAGAGAGCCUGUGCAUGUAGAGAUUCGCAUCCUACAGAGACUGGACCCAUCCCUGAUUCUGGUUCUCCAUGAUUGCUGGGCUACUCCAAGUUCAAAUCCCCUUGAGCAAUUACAGUGGCCAAUUCUAGUAGAUGGGUGCCCAUUUGAAGGAGACAACUACAGAACCGAGCUGGUGCCCAUGGGACCUGCUACAUCAGAGCUUUCCUUUCCUAACCACUACCAGCGUUUCAUCAUUUACACGUUCACAUUUGUGGAUUCUGCCCCUCAAAUGAUGCUAGAUGGUUCUGUGCACCUCUUCUGCAGCGUAUCUGUUUGCCAUCCCUCCGAUCAUGAUUCCUGCAGAGUUGCAUGUCAAAUGCCAGUGGCUUCAAGAGGCCGUCGGUUUUUGAAGGAGGCGAAUGAGACAGAAUCCAUGGACUUAAUAAGCACUUAUGGAGCUGUAAUUUUUCAAGAGAAUAUUCAUGAGAAACAAGUUGAGUGGAAGAGUGAUGUGAACUCCAGUGAAGACUUCACUCUGGUGCUUUUGGUGGUACUACCUAUCAUUGGGAUUAUCCUAUUUAUUGCUGUGCUAGUGCUCUGGAAGAAAAGAAGCAGGAUGACUAAAUUCUAA